AUGGUUUCUGAAAUAACUGAUUAUAGAAUUUCUAGGGUUGUCAUACUUUGUAAAGAUUGUGGCCAAGAUGUUGGUUUUUACCCUGCUCGUCAUAAAUGUGGUCAAACACAUUUAGAUGCACCGCCUUUACCCUCUAUUCCUAAAAAAUAUACAUCGGGGAAAGCACAAACUUCAACACUAUGGAAUAAAUUUUUAAAUGCUACAAUAUACACCAACAAUAAUGAAGAUUCUGAUAAUGAAUCUGAAAAAUAUGGUCAUGAAAGCGAAACUCAUAUUUCACGUAUUUUGAGAGAAUAUUAUGAGAAAAAGUCUGGUGACCUUCCUAAUUGGUUAUAUGAUUCAACAUCAACCAACGAUAAUGAUAUUGGCAAAACAAUCUUUAUAAUUAUGCAGCAUCUAAAAGUUCACCAAAUUUAUUACAAAAAUCACUAA